AAAGCCGUUAUUACUUCCAGUCUUGAGUGUGCAUUUCGCCCACUCUGUUGCCACCAAUUUCUUGGAGCUUCUCUCUGGCACUCUCACAUUCCUCGUGGCAUUCGCGUAUGUGGUCAAAUUCUAGCUCUGGUCUCGUGACGUAGGAGCCUCGUGUUGUGAGCCAGCUUUUGUUGUGAUGGUCGUGAAGUUGCGGUAAAUUCUGAGUUGACAUAUCGUCCUGAGCUCAGCUUUGUAAUUUGCGCCAAAAAUUUGUGAGUGGCUCGCACGAAUCUGAGUACCCCGAGAAGCUGUACGUAAAAAAUUGCUAUCAUGGCCUUCGGUAUUGGGAGGGGAAUCUCCACUCCACUUCUUGCUUUGAAUUUUUGCAUGUACAUAGCAACUGGAGCAAUUGCCGGAUGGGCUUUGAACAAGAACAUCGACUCCUCUGCGGGCGCUGGUGGCUACGUCGGCAAUGCGGCGACGUUCUACUUCCUGCCGAUGGUACUCAUUGCAUCUGUGGUAGGAUUGGCAUCCACCUUGGCCGGAAUUCACCACUUGAGAGAGUGGCGCAUUGAAAGCCUUGCAGCUGCCGCUUCCGCUGCCCUUAUAGCCUGGACCCUCACUCUCCUUGCCUUUGGCGUCGCUUGCAAGGAGAUUCAUAUUGGAGGUCCACGCUCGAGGAAGCUGUUGUUUUUCCUGUUGCAGAAAGUGGUGGAGGCUCUCAUCAUCGUCUUGGCUUUGUUUGAGCUCCUCUACCUGCUCUCCCUUCACGCUGGGGUGUUGGGGGGCGACCGUUUCGGCCCUGCAUACAGUAACACUGGAGCGGGGGGUGCUAACAUGGUUUUGGUACAAGCUGGGGAGAAGCACCAUGGCAUUCCCGCUGCCGCUGCAGUCUAAUAUACAAAUACGUCGGCGCCAUCGCCAGCAACGUCCUAAGGCGGACUCCGAUCCUCGGAGCGGCAUCUCUGAUCUUCUUGUUCUUCUCUCUGAGUGGCCCAUUUAUUAGAAAGAUGCCACUAGGCCUUAGAUAAACUUCGAGCUUUGGCUCCUCCACCUCCUACUGUCGAUGCUUGCUCCUCCUCUGUCUCACACAUCUGUGUCCGUCGUUGAAUCAUUUAACUUCCUUCCUUCCUUCCUUUCUUCCUUUAUUUCUUUCCUCUGAAAUUGAGAAUGCUCAAUCUGUUAUUGGUACUUCCGUCUGUAGUUGCAAAGGCUGAGGAGACACUGGAUUGUGCAGAGCUUGCCCUAUCCCAAACAUGAUUCAAAAUGAACUCACUCUGAUAAACAAAAAUUGGGCCUUUUAAGAA